AUGUAUGAUGUUGAAAUAACAACAAAGUCAGAUGAUGAGAUUCUUUCCUUAAUUCGAGCAUAUUAGCAAUAAGGAUAUUAGGUCUGGCUGUAAAAAAGAUGUUCGGAUAAAUUUUUGAUGUAGGCAGAUUACAAUGUAAGUAUUAUAAUUAUAACUUAGACAUAAGGAGUAUUAGAUCUUGACAAUUCUGGGAUAUUCAAAAGCUAAAAUGUUGAUCCAAAGCAGUUUAAUGAACCAUCAGUUAUUUGCAGCCUUCGCAAAAAUGUUGAAGAUGGGCACAAAACUAGCACUAUGGAAAUUAAAGACACAAUGUUAAUAUUUCCAAGAAAAACCUAAACCGACCUAUAUAGUUUACUAAGCCCUAAAUUAAAUUCAGAAAGAGAGGAUUUAGUAAAAGGGUUUUACGAAUAAUUGAAGGAAGCCUUGCAUUUAGAAUAGUUUGGACAGGUGAAAGAGUCGAUUGUAAGAAUAACCAAGUAGUAAUUAUAGGCUUUAUUGACAAAUCUGAUAAAUGAACUAGAAAAUCAGCUGAUUGAUUCCUAAAUAUUGCAUCUAAUAUUCGUCGAAAGUUUAUUAACUCUUGGAAUACUGAAUGCAUAAAUAAUGAAAUAUUCUGAUGCGAAAAUGUAAUAUUGAUAAUAAAAAAGGUGUCUAGAGAAAUGCUUAAGAUUAUUCGUUAUAAAAGAUUAAAUAUUGUUGGCCUAAAUAUAUCGUAAAUUAGGACACUAUUCCUAAUCUGUUUUUAGUUAUCAAAAAUCUAUAGACUACUAUAACUAAGCCUUAAUCAUUUAUGAAAUAUACAAUUUAACACCAGAAGUAGCUUAUACAAUGAUGUCAAUAGCAGUUAUUUAUUCAAAAGUGAAUUAAUUUGAAUUGGCAUAAAAGAUAGCACAUCAUGCUUUAGAAAUCACUGGUGCUGAAAUGAACAAACACACCGCUAGUUUAUAUUAGAUGUUGGGGGAAGUUUAUUACAAUUCGGAGAACUAUUCAGAAGCAUUAGAUUAUUUUGAUACUUCUUACGAUUUGAAGUCAUCAAGUCCUGAUGCACAAUCUCGAAUCAGAACAAUUAAUUAUAUUGCAAGUUCUUGUUUUCAUUUAGGUGAAUAUCGAAAAGCAUAAGAAUUAUUUGAAGUAGCAUUAAGUUAAGUGGAUGAUUAAAACUCACUACUUGAAGCAUAAUUAUUAAAUAAUUUAGGAAUAACGAAAAGUGCAUUAAAGUAAGAUAGUAAAGAAGAAUUUGAAAAAUCUCUAAAAAUUUUCUUAUAGUUUUACCCGCAAAAUCACCCUUCAAUUAAGAGAGUACUCAGAAAUGACAGCCAUUGA